UUAGUUUCGUGUUGAAUCUGAUCCUAUAAGAAACAAUGGCAGAAGAGGCUCCAGCUCCCGCCGCCGCCCCGGCUAAAGCCGCAAAGAAGAAAGUUUCCAAGCCGAAGAAGGCUGGCCCCAGCGUCAGCGAGCUCAUCGUUAAGACUGUGGCCGCAUCCAAGGAGCGGAGCGGCGUGUCAGCAGCCGCCCUCAAGAAGGCUUUGGCUGCCGGAGGUUACGAUGUGGAGAAGAACAAGGCCCGCGUCAAGACCGCCAUCAAGAGCCUGGUGGCCAAGGGGACUCUGGUCCAGGUCAAGGGGACCGGGGCCUCCGGCUCGUUCAAGAUGAGCAAGACGGUUGAAACCAAGGCCAAGAAGCCCGUAAAGAAAGCCGCUCCUAAAGCCAAGAAGCCCGCCAAGAGCCCUAAGAAACCCGCAGCGGCUAAGAAGCCUAAGACAGCGGCAGCCAAGAAGACAGCAGCCGCUAAGAAAUCCCCCAAGAAGGUCAAGAAGCCCGCGGCGGCCAAGAAAGCAGCCAAGAGCCCCAAGAAGGCCACCAAGAGCCCCAAGAAAGUGGCCAAAAAGGCUCCUGCAGCCAAGAAAGCUCCCGCAAAGAAGGUCGCCAAACCCAAAGCCAAGAAGGCAGCAGCCAAGAAGAAGUGAGCUGUCAUCAGUCUCAACAUGUGAACUUGAUCAAAGGCUCUUUUAAGAGCCACACAUCUUUCUGUAAAGAGCAUCAUCCCAGUUUUAAUAUGUUUAACCAGAUAGUGUCUCAUAUACUGCACAAACUGAUGAA